GCAAGAAGAGAUCUUGUCCUUCCUUUUUGUGUCACCCUUUGAGGUUACUUACAGAGUGAUAGCAUACUAUAUCACCUCAACCUUCUCUUCUCAAGGCUGUACAUACCCAAUUCUUUCAGUCUCUCCUCCUAGGACAGUGUUUUCAAACCCUGGAUCAUUCCUCUUGCUCUCCUCUGGACCCUUUCUAAUUUUUCUGCAUCAUAAUGGACCCUUGAGGAACCCCACAGGACCAAGCAAUAUCCUUCACAUACUGCUUUCUGGAGCUGACUCUCCAAAUUUGCUGAUGCUGCCAAGACUAUGAAUUGCUGCUAGCCAAGUGGUCACCAAAAGAAUGAACUCUGCUCACUUGACAUAGCUGUUUGUGAAGUUGAAUGGUGCAGCCUCUUAGCACGUUUGGUUUUGGCAAUGGCGAGCAGUAGUGGAGAAAGUCAGCUUCAGAGGAUCAUUCGAGAUUUGCAAGAUGCUGUGACAGAACUGAACAAAGAGUUUACAGAAGCAGGAGAACCAAUCACAGAUGACUGUACUAGUUUGCACAAAUUCUCCUACAAGCUUGAGUACCUUUUGCAGUUUGACCAAAAGGGAAAAUCCACUUUACUGGGCAACCGGAAAGACUACUGGGAUUAUUUCUGUGACUGUCUGGCUAAGGUUAAAGGAGCAAAUGAUGGAAUUCGCUUUGUCAAGUCUAUUACAGAACUGAGAACUUCCCUUGGUAAAGGCAGGGCAUUUCUCCGUUACUCCUUAGUACACCAAAGGCUUGCAGACACUUUGCAGCAGUGCUUUAUGAAUACCAAAGUAACCAGUGACUGGUACUAUGCAAGAAGCCCCUUCCUCAGCCCCAAAAUGAGCUCUGAUAUUGUUGGUCACCUCUAUGAACUCACCGAGGUUCAAUUUGAUCUGGCAUCUAGAGGCUAUGACUUAGAUUCAGCAUGGCCCACCUUUGCUAGAAGAACGUUAUCUUCUCUUGGCUCCUCGGCUUACCUGUGGAAGCCUCCAAGCCGCACUUCGAGCAUGAGCAGUUUGGUGAGCAGCUAUUUGCAGACCCAAGAGCCACCUUCUAGUCCCAGUGAGAAUAACUUCUUAAAUGCUGAACCCUUGGAGGGCCUGGAUGAGUUGCAUGCAGCACUUGACCAGGCAGAGCUACAGCAGAAGGAGCUGAAGGUUAGGAUUCACCAUCUGGAAAAGGAAAACCAGGACCUUCAGGCAACCAUUGAAUUUGAGAAACAGCAAGUGCAGGCAGAAAGGGACAAGAGCAGCAGUUUCAGCAAGGAGAACACUAGACUCAUGGAAAUGCUUGGGGAGCUGGAAAAGCAGCGUGAGAUCUCUCACUGCACUCAGGAUGCUGUCCAGGAGCUUCAGAAAUGCUUGCAGGCAUUAGAAUUGAAUGCUGCUGAAAAGCAAAAAGAAUACUCUGCCAAGCUUGAAGAGCUGGAGUCCAGGAAGAAGAACUCUGACUCUAAGCUCCAUGUCUUGAAUGAAGAGUUGGAGGCCAGCAGGACUUCACUGGCCAUGAAGGACAACUGCAUUGGGGAGCUGAUAGCCAAGCUGAAGUCGGCAGAACAGAAGAACGAGAUGCUCAUAGCCAAAGCCAAUGCACUUAUGAAUGAAAAGGAUCAUCAAGCCACCAGUCAAUAUGAAUCUGCCCUGAAAAUUGAGGAGUUACUAAAAAAACUUUAUAAAGCAGAACAGGACAGGGCUGAUGCUCAGAAGCUCAAUAAUGAGCACAUUUCUCAGCUUAAAAUCAUGGAAGAGGAACUCCAUAUGAAAGAGGAGUUACAGAAAGAGUUGGAAUUGAGAUUGGAGAGUCUUGCUGCCAACUCCAAAGUAGAAUCUCAACAAUUAUGUGUCAGUCUGGAAACAGUAUCAGCUGAAAAGUCUGCUCUUCAGAAGAAGCUAACGGCAAAAGGCAAGGAGGUGGCUGAUCUUCAAGUUCAGUUGACAGAUUUGUUGGAUUGUGUGAAAUCAUUGCAGGGAGAAGUUGAGCAGGAAAGGAAAGAGAAGGCUGAACUUGAGGGGUCAUUCAGCCAUACAAAAACUACAAUGGAACAAGAGGUAAAAAACAUGACAGAGCAACUUGAGUUGCUGGAGAUUCAGUUGCCAAAGCUAGGUCAAACAGUGAAGAGCUUAGAAGAGCAAAAGGGAGAACUUAUUUCUGAAAGAGACAGUCUCAGAAAAGCAAUAGAAAGACUGGAGGAGCAAGCCACAAAGCAGAGUUUUUCACUGAGAAACAUCUGUGAAGCAAAUGAGAAGCUCAAGUCUCAGAGUGCAAAGCUGCAGCAAACCAAUCAGAAGUUAGAAACAAAAUGGAGAGAGUUGGAAGCCUCUAAUUCUUCUUUGGAAGCUGAGAUUACUAGCCUGAGAGCCUCUGAGAAACAGCUCCAAAGUCAGAUUGAUGAUGCUGUGAUGUCUGUGGAUGAAAAAGAGAAGAAACUCCGGGAUCAGAACAAGCUGCUGGAUGAAAAUCUGCAGAAUGCCAUAAGGCAAAACCAGGCUCUGGAACAAAAGCUGGAUGCUCUGCAGGCUGAUUACCAAGAACUGAAACAAAGUGAAGAAACUACCCAGCAGUCCUUAAGUGUACUUCAAGCAGAGUUCCAGAAUACUAAAGAGUAUGCUCUGCAGAUGGAAAAGAGCCUCUCCUCCUUGAGGCAGGAUGAGGAAUCUCUGAAAUUACAGGUUUCAGAGAAAGAUGAAGCAUUGAAAAGUCUAGAGAACCAGUGCAAACAGCUGCAAGAACAAGCCGAGAGGUACCAGCAAAAAGCAGGAGCCCUUGAAGUUCAAAAGGCAAAUGCUGAACAAACUUGCCUUCAUCAGACAAAACUGAUUGACACCCUUACUUCUGAAAAGACUGCCCUGCAGAAAGAUCAGUUGGAAAAGGCAGCCUCUCAGGAGAGAGAUGCAAAAGACCUGGCUUCCAGGUUGGCUAUUUCUGAGGAACAGUUGCAUCUCAACCAGGCUGAGGUAUUGAGACUCCAGGUGGAGAUUACAGACCUUCAAGCCAAGCUUCAGCUGGCAGAAACAGAGAAGCAGAAGCUCCAAGGCAAGCUAGAUGUCAGAGGGACUGCUCUGAAUGAGCAAAAGACAGUGGUCCAGCAACUGAAAGAACAAAGUGAAAUGCUCAAUAGGAAUCAUGUGCAGGAAUUGCUUCAGUACAAAGAGCAGGAGGAAAUGCUGAAAACAGAGCGAGAUCAGGAAGCUUCCCAGAAGGCUGAGCUGGAAAAGAGCUUGCUGUGCCUCAAGGAUGAGUUGUCCAAGGCCAAGCAGUGUCUGGAAGCUGUUAACCUGGAGAACAUGGAAAUCAAAGACCUUCUCCACAGGACCAACACGGACAUGGCUGAGCUUGGCAUUCAGAUCUGUGCUCUGACCUCUGAGAAGGCAGAAGCAGAAGACAAGUUGUCCCAGGCCUUAGAGGAGCUCAAAACUACCAAAGAAACAGUGGCGAAAGAACGAGAGGAGCUGCAGCUUGAUGUCUCUAGGCUCAGUAAGGAGAAACAAGGACUGCAGGAGAAACUAGAGGAGUCUAAUGUCUGUGCCGCAGCUGUUCCGGCCAUGCAAACUCAGCUGAUGAUGGCAGAGCGACAGGCCCAGAGACUCCAAGAGACCAGUAAAGAGGAGCUAUCUGCAGUCAAAUUUCAACUGAGCACAGAAAUUAUAAAUUAUCAAACAAAACUCAAGGCUAUCAGUGAAGAAUGUGAAAAAUUAAAACAGGAAGUAGAACAGCAGAGCCAGAAAGCACAUACUGCAGAAGAAGCACUCAGGAAGAUGCAGGCCAUGAAAAGAGCCCUUGGUGCAGAACUGGACCAUGCCAUGGAUCAAGUGAAUGAGUAUAAAGCAACCCAGCAAAAAACAGAUGAGAAAGUGACACAGCUUAAAGAAGACCUUGAAAGUAUAUAUGCCCGCUUUUUUGUUAUUGAAAGGGACAAGGAUGCCCUUUGGCAGAAAUCAGAUGCUCUGGAAUUCCAGCAGAAGCUCACUGCAGAGCAAAGAUGGCUUGGUGAUGCAGAAGUUACCUGUUGUCUGGACUGUCAGAAAGAAUUUGGCUGGAUGAAUCGCCGACAUCAUUGCAGAAUGUGUGGCCGCAUUUUCUGCUACUAUUGCUGCAACAACUAUGCCAUGUCAAAACAAACAGGCAAGAAGGAGCGAUGUUGUCGAGCUUGCUUUAAAAAAUCGAGUGUCAAUUCAGCGGAUUCUGGAUCAAUUAUGAACCAAGAAGAACCAACAUCUUCAGGUCUGUUGGCCUCACCAUUGUCCCUAGUCCAGAGAGUGAUGGUCACAAAUGAAGCCUCCAAACCUACAGAUGAUGCUGUGUUUGAUAUAAUCACAGAUGAAGAAGUGGUUCAAAUUCAGGAAGGUGACCCUAUUCACAAUGCUGAAGAAGAAUCUCUGACAGACCUCCUACCACUGCUGCAGAGUUUCUCUCCCUCUCAGGCCACCUUCUCAGCCUGUUGGGGUGUUGGUGCAACGAAUCUCCAUCCUAUCUCCUCUGGAAGCUCUGACUGCAUGUAUUCCCCAGAUGUUCCUGGAUUUACAAAUAUUCAAAACAGCACACAUAAUUCCUCCACCUUGGAUGAGUCUGAUGACUUGCCAAUGGCCCAAGAUGCAGAGAUAUGCUUGCUGAAGUCGGGAGAACUGAUGCUAAAGCUUCCCCUAACUGUAGAGGAGAUUUUAAAGUUUGGAGAAGCUAACAGAGAACUGUUCAUCAAGUCAAAUACGUACAGCAUUAUUACAAUCACUGCAGAGGAAUCUGGCCUUACAAUAAGUUGGGUGUUUUCAUCAGACCCAAAGAGCAUAUCAUUCAGUGUGGUGUACCGAGAAUCAGAAGAAACCCCUCUUGAUCAGUGUAAAGUUCUUAUUCCUAUGACCCGCUGCCACUCUCACAAGGAAACCAUCCAAGGAAAGGUGAAAGUCAGAAAUACUGGGAUCUACAUACUUAUUUUUGACAACACUUUCUCCAGAUUUAUCUCAAAGCGAGUAUUUUUCCAUUUAAGCAUUCAGCGCCCAGUGGUCUACGAUGGAAGUGAUCUCCCAUAGCCUUGAAUAUAUGUAAUAUUUAUAUAUUGUAUCUUUUACAAUUAUAUUUUAAGAGACACUACUAUUUAAGUAUACAUAGCACUACAAUGACAAAUCUGUCUGAAGCCUUAGAUUUAUGCAAUAAUUCUAAAACCAUGCUUGGUGUAUAUAGAAAGGUGCACAAGUAUCAUAGAAACACUAACAACUCUGGACUGUGUGCCAACUUUUCACAAGCCAUGUUUAUUUACAUAAACAAACACAUCUAUGCAGUGCUGCAUUUCAUGCAGGCAGGGUUCACAAUCCAAAUAUACAUUUUCAAAGGGCUAAGAAAUAAGAGAUUUGCUUUUGAUUUGCCAGGUUGGAAGUGUAUAUAAAAAAUUUAAAGUGUUGUUAUUUCUGCUUUGUGGUAUUUAUUUUAAUGCUGAAAGGGGGAUAGAAAUGACAUUCAGUUCUGUCGUAAACUAUGCUAUCAUGGACAGAUUCACUCUAGAAUCUUGCUCUACGUCCAAGUUGAAGGUGGCUGGACAGCAGGCUACUUUUGGAUCCUUUCCUUCUUUCCAGGUCUUUUGUAGUAAAAUUGAUUUAUCAAACUGAUUGGUGAUUGAGGCCUAAAUGCUUCAUGCUGAAAUGCAUUUCACUGAGUUUUAGUCCUACAUUGAGCCCUUUGAAUCUGGAUGUGCACAUAGCAGAGCCAAGCUUGGAAUCUAUAAAUAGAAGUUUUUAAUUUAAAAUGGCAAUAAAGGCUUUAUCCCUGCCCCCUGCCCCCCACACCCAGACAAAAUAUUUUACCUGUUUAUCAUUUAGCAAAAUCUUUCUAGUAUAAGAGAGUAUAUCAGGAUAAUUACAUUUGCAGAAUGUAAUUAUCCAGUAUUUGUUUUUAGAAUUUAAAAUUUGCACAAUCAUUUGCUCCUAAAUGGUGUUAGGAAUAAGAGAUAACUAGUUCCCAAACUGGCCAUGUCUGCAUGUCAGUUUAACCCAGCCACCCUGGCUUCUAAAUCAGUGUGCACAAGUACUGUGCUACUGUAAAAAGCCCAGUUGCUCCUUCCUUCACAAGGGCAAGUAAACCAGGAAUGGAUAGCUUUGUGUUACUUCUGAAUGCAAGAUUAUGGUGUUAAGGGUGCCCAUACAAACCAGGAUUUAUAAGCCAACAAUUAAGCUCCUUAAGACCCUGGCUUAUUUGGGCACAUUUAACCAUAAUCUCAGGUUCAGAAGUAACACAAAGAUACCCCUUCCUGGUUUGUUUACCUGCUCUGAAGCAAGGAGCAAAUGCUACUUGUUCACAUCACAGUUUAAGCCAGAAUUCUUGAUUUAGGGCACAAUCCAAUGCAAUCUUAGGUUUAAAAAAAGGCUAGGGUAUACUAGGAACUGUAGGACUUUUCUCUGCAUAGGAUUCUACUUUUAAAGUGACAUGCAAAUGCACUCAUGAGUAUGGUUACAAAAGCUAUGAAUUCUGUAGAUAGUUGCAGCAGCUUUUUAUGCAACAUUACUAAUAGGUCAACUGGUGAAAGAGUUUAACAUUAGGGUAUUUGCCAGCCAUGCUAGUAAGAAUAUAAAAGUGUAGUGAUAUCAUGUGAAUUAAGAAGUUUUGCUACUUAGUAAAAAUAGACUGCAGUAUAGAGUGAACUUCUAAGACAGUCUUCCCCUGGGUAUGAUGAGAGUUGCAGUCCAACACAUCUGGAGAAUGCCAGGUUGAGGAAGAUAUGCCAGCACAAAAUGCUAGUCAGACACAGUAGCACUGAAAUAAUGAUCAGUGGAAUUCCAAGGUAUAAUUCUUGCUUCAAAGGCAGUCAGAAUAUUCUGUCUUAAACAUACUUGUACAACAAAGUUCAAACGGCCCGAGUUUUGAACAAGAUCUUCCCAAACAACCUGUUUUGUGUCUGAUAACGAGUAAAAUGAAAAUGGUCUGACCCCUUUUGAAACAAGGCAAUAUUUAAAUUAGUAUUUCAAGGGAAACACAAAAUGGUUUUACUCUAUUUUUCUAAGUAUAAGCUAUGUAUGUGUGAAUUUUGUGUUUAAUCAUUGGUUGGAGCAAGACAAAACAGAAGCAAGCAAAGAAUACAAUAUGUUGUGAUAAGAACAGUAAGAAUACAUCAGUAAUAGUUCAAAAUAAUUAAAACUUGCUCAUUACUUACCUUAAAAAUUGGCUCAAUCAUCACUUGCUAUAAGACCAACAUCUGCCUCUGGCAAUAAAGUGGCCUUAUAAUGUGAUGUACUAAAGCAAGCUUUUCUUCAAAUGAGACGAAGCAUUUCCCCCUCUAAGGACAGGAUCUAAAAACUUAGAUCAUAGAGGAAAAAAAAGCAAAGUCUUCCAUGGACCCACUGCCAUGUGUGUAGUAUCUCAGAGUUAAAGUCACUUGUUUAAAAUUUCUGUGACUGGAAAAAAAUAGGUUGGAUCCAGUCAUACUUAACAGUAGACCCACAGAAAUCAAUAAGGGGCAAAGAACUUAAAUUCCAUUGACUUCAAUGGGUCUGACUCUAAUGGAUCUAAUGGAUCUCAGUUCAAUAAUGAUAGGAAGACUUCCUGUGAAUGAUUAUUAGUAUUGAUAAAAAUGCUAUUGUUCAAAGGUACCUAGACUGUAAGAAUUUGGGGAUACUUCCUUCUGAAGACCAUUAAAUGCCAGUGCCAAGAUCCAAAUUGCUGUAUAAAAGGGAACUAUACAUAUGCAAUUAUUUUUUGACAUUAGAAAAGGAAAUGCAGUUCUUUGUGUGGACUAGAUAAGAACCCAUCCAUACAUUACAACCACCAGGAGAUUUUAGGC